AUGGACCCAUUCGAGUACAUGAAGCGACCCGAAUUCUUCCAGAUGUGUCAAUCCUUUUGUCUCUGGACGCUGUCUGAAGAGCGCCUUUUGGCCAAGAAGGGGGUUCUCACAGGGUAUUACCAAGUUCUCCUCUUUCGUGAAGUCAAUUGGUCACUCUCCUCUUUCAUUUUCGACCAGCUUCAGACAUUGACUCUCCCAGUCUCGGAUCUUGAUCGCUACUAUGGUGUCAUGGACCGCCUCGGGAACUUGGGGCGCCUCGUGGUUUGUGUUGAUCAGGCCAUCAAGUGUAACUGGGAUAUAUUCAGGAACACGACCCCGGAGAGUCGAGCAGCAACGGAGGCACGACAGAAGAGUCUGUUACGAGCCAUGGUUCGGUUUGUUGAGGAUCAUACCACGCGAUUUCCAGGACGUCUCAAGACCUUGGGCUGGAGUAGGACUCUCUACAGUCCUGACCCAACCCUAACCUGUCGCGAAAGAGUUGAGCUGGAAAUGCUUCGGCUGUUGACACCCAUCAGGAGACCGACAACGGUGACUAGCGAUACCCUGAACCACAUAUGGGCUCACCUACCGUCGACGGAUCUGGGGUAUGUUCGUUCCAUCGAGGAUUUUCGAUUGCCAAUGUUUUGGAUCACAGUCGGCGGAAUUCAGGAUUGUCGGCGUCUCCUUCAGCGCUGUCGUGUUUUAGACAGUUUGCAUAUGGCGACCGUUGGACAAGGAGUGUUUGAUUGGGCUGUACAGGAGACGAAGGAUUUGGGACAUAGUCUAGUGCCGCUGCGGAGGAUCGAAAUCACGGAGAUAAAAAAGAAGCCUCUCACGGACGAGCUUGACGAUAUCGGUCGUGCAUUCAGCCAGACCAUCGAGACGAUCAAGGUCGUUAUGACGAAACUAGAUGACAUACCACCUCGUCCGGUGUAUGUCGGACGAAGAUGGGUGGAGCUGCCAGCUUUGACACACCUAGAGGUCGCCGCUAAAAGGAACCAGCUUAUAAUGGACCGGACGCUCUUCAGACGUUGUCUUCGUCUCAGAACUGUGGACCUCACGGAUGAGACCUUUCAGUACUACUGCAAGGGUAUUGUGACAUGUAUGCCUGGCGAUCUCCCCUGCCUCGAGUCAUUACGCUUGUUUGGAUGGAGCGCUUUGACAUUCCAUCCAGCAACCCUUCACUCUACACAAGCGCUCAAGAAGCUUACUUUGGGGAUUGCCAAUUUGGAGAUCUGCAGUAAUAUCAAAUAUUACAUUCCGUCGGACGAGGAGUUGAUAGAAUCUUUUGACUUUCAGGACAAGUUCACGACCCAACAAGGACACACCUAUUCGACUUUACGACCUCCCUGGACUUGGGACUGGUAUCUACCCAACUUGGAACAUCUCACCUUGACAGCCGAGUUUGCAUACCGCUUCAAGUUCCGUAUGCUGCAUGGAUGCCCCUCGUUGGUUUAUUUGGAUCUGGACUAUAAGAGAGUUGACAAUCUACCCAUCGGCCGUAUUCUCUCAGACGGCGAACUCAUGUUGCCUAUCAUCGGCUCUGGCCACAGCCACCUUCCAGGAGCGGCUCGACAGGCUGUUGUUGCGCCUGCUCUUCAGAAUGUACGACUGGGCGGAUUAUGGACGAUCUACGAUUAUCUUUUACCUCAAUUCUUUACAGUCAUGCUUCCCAAUCUCAAGAGUUUUGAGGGUGAAGAUGUGGAUGGAAUCACACUCGACGGUCUGGUCGAUGUGGUCAAGAGUUCUCCGAACAAGAUCAAGGAGUUGCGCCUUCCUGCUUCGCUCGCACCAGUCAGGGAUGGACGUAGACGUAACAGAGCGGGGCUGGUCGUCUCCAAUGGUAUUCCUAGGAUGAGGGAGGAGGAAGAGGAGGAAGCGCGACUUGUGGAGAUUCGCUUUGGUCCCGCCCGAUAUAUUCUUUUGAAGAGUGUUAUUGGUGAGGGAAAGGCCUAA